CUCCCCCCUACUCACAUCACCCACCAUGGCGCGCUCUCUCGCCGACCUCCCCGCCCUCCCCCAGGACGUGCGCAAGUGGCGCAUCCUCCUCCUCGUCAGCGCUGUCAACAGUCUCACCCAGCGCGUCCAGACCUAUCUCUCAGACAUGGGAUGCGAGCGUGUGUCCACCGAGCUGGCACUCACCGACGACGGCAUGAUCAGCGCCGUCCUCGCCCACUCGCCUCACGUUGUUGUCUGCCCAUUCCUCACAAAGAAAGUUCCCGACGUUAUCUGGGACAAUGUCCUCACUCUCAUCGUCCACCCCGGCCCACCAGGUGAUGCUGGACCCGCCGCCAUCGACUGGGCCGUCAUGGGCGACCGCGGCUUGGACACCGACUCCGCUUCCGCACUCGCUGCCCUUGUAGCUCCCACCGACCGCGCCAAGCCCCUUUCCGAGCGCCAGCGCACACACUGGGGUGUCACCGUCCUCCAGGCCGACGACACCAUGGACGGAGGACCUGUGUGGGCCUUUGACCAGUUCCCUCUCCCCGACGUCGCCCGCGUAACCAAGAGCGCCAUCUACCAGGGCCCCGUCACCGCCGCCACCCUACGCGCUUUGACCGCCGCUCUCACUCGCAUCUCUGGCGCCUACGCCGCCCUCCCCGACCCAAGCCACCGCGCUGCCCGCAUCGCCGUCAAGGUCGACCCCAAGUGGGCCGCCGAAUGCGUGUCGCUCAACAAGCCCUUCCUCGGCGGGCCUCUGAAUGAGCGCCCCCAGAUCCGCCCCGGCCAGCGCCGCCCCGACCUCACCAUGCAUAAUGCCGCCGACGUCGCCCGCAUCAUCAACUGCGGCGACUCGCAGCCCGGCGGCACCCUCAAGACGGCCAAGUCGUUCAUGUUCGUCUUCGACGCCAAGGUCCACGUCCGCGAUGCCGAUCUCCCGAUUAACCUCGCCAAGGCGCUUGGGUACGCUACAUUCGGCGACAUCCCUGCGGGCAAGGCGCUCGCAAAGCGGGACGGAGCAGUGCUCUUCAAGACCGCGCCCUGCACGCACAACGAAUGCCAGUACGGCUGUGGCGUUGCUGUUUGGCUCACGCACGGACGUCUGCCCAAGGCCACCGCUUCGGCCGCACUGAGCGCCAAGGUUCCCAUGGCCGAGGCGCUGGUUGCCGCAGGCGAGGGCGCCCGGCUUGAGGGUGUUCCUGAGUGGACCGAAACCGAGUUCCAGGAGAUUCCCGGCACGUACCAGCAGGUGUACGUCCGCACCGUCAAGGAGGGUGACGGCCUCAUCCAGCUCGUCUACUGGGACUUUUACAACGGCGCCAUGAGCACAACCGGGUGUGAGCACCUCGUACGCGCCCUGCGUUGGGCCACGCACCCCGACCGUGGCAACAUCAAGGUUCUUGGCCUCAUGGGCGGCUCCUACUUCUCCAACGGUGUUGCCCUCAACAUCAUUGAGAGCGCCGACCACCCCGGCCGCGAGACCUGGGCCAACAUUAACGCCAUCGACGACGUCGUCGAGCUCAUCGCGGGCGACGUUUCGUCUCAGCCCCGCAGCGACUUCAUGACCAGUGUGCCUUCUCUUACUGAGCGUGGCAUUGUCACUGUCACUUGCAUGCGCGGCAACGCCGCGGCAGGUGGCGUGGCGCUUGCCGCUGCCGCCGACAUUGUUGUCUCGGCCGGUUCGGUAGUCCUCAACCCCGCUUACCGCGCCAUGGGUCUCCACGGUUCCGAAUUCCACCUCUACUCCUACGUUGAGAGGUGCGGUCGCAACGUCGCCACCCACCUCGUCAAGGACAUGCUGCCCCUCUCGGCGAUUCGCUCGCGCGAGCUGGGCCUCGUCGAUGUCGUGGUCGGCGGCCGCGACACCCCUCAGGCUGAGUCGGAGGCGCUUAUGAUCAAGUUCCUUCGCAACCUCGCUGUGGCGCCUGCCGCCGCCCUGGGCUCACCCGAGUACCCCUCGGCACCGUGGACCAAGGCAAUUGCAGGCGCAGAGUCGUCCAAGACCGCGCAGACACUCGUCGACCUGAUGGCGGAUAACAAGCGCCGCCGCUACGAGAGUGCCAAUCACACGCCGCUUGUGCACUACCGCCACGAGGAGCUGUCGCAGAUGCUUCUGGACAGCUUCCACCCCCAUCGUUCGCAGCGCUACCACACGCGGCGCAUCAAGUUUGUGCGCAAGGUCAAGGCGGAGGGUACCCCCACUCGCUUCAACCACCACCGCGUGCACCUCACCCGCGACGAGGAGGAGGGCGCCAGCUUUGACGAUGCGCCCGGAUGGAUUCGCGGCGAGGAAUGGAGCUGGGUCGGGCUGCAGACCCCCUCGUCCAUGGCCACCUCUGAGGGUCUCCGUAUUGACUUUGGUGCCCAUGUACCGCCUCUUGACGCCCUGUCUCGCCGGCAGUCGCGCGCCUCCUCGUCGGGCUCAGAGGCCUCGGCCGACAUCCGCACGGACCCCGGAUCGGGCGACGACAACGUGGACGUCGUCAAGCCCGGCUCGACGCCCGUCCCGGGCACGCCCAUCCUGCACAAGUCGCCGACAAAGGCGCCCGCGGUCUCGCUCGCCCCGCCCUCAAGCUACAGCCUGUCGGCGCCAACGUCGCCCAAGAGCAAGCGCUCGGGGCUGCUCGGCCGCCUCGCCGGCGCCUUCCGCUCGCGCACAGAUCUCCGCGCCGUGAACAAGAAGCAGGGCGACGACACCACGCCCGCUUACCGCCGCCCCCUUGUGCCAAACGAGGGCAACACCGAGUCGCCGUGCUUCUUCAACGUCACCGCCGAUCUUCCGCCCGAGGCGCACAGCUCGCGCCCCACCGUCACCUCACACUAGCUGAUCUCCGCGCUGCGCGCAUCCGUGUAUAUUUAGUCGCUUGUACUCGCUAGAAUCUCGAAUCAAUGAACUUGGGUCUCGUG